AUGUACUCACUCAAUUAUGUGGCAGCAUUAAUAAUAAGCGCAGAAAAUACCUACACAUAUGUACUUAACGUACAUAAUGUGUCUUCCAGGUGUAACCCUCGAUUUAACACCUUCAAGUGCCAAAUGAUCUGGUGCUAUCCAAUGUUUGGCGAUGAACCGGAGCGCACAAGACGCAGAAAAGUACAUCCAACACACGAAUGGGGUAGUAACCGUGCCAAUCUCACACACUCAUAUACUAUUGCAAACCAAUUGGCUCAAAAUUGCCGCUUUGUACCUAACGAGAUUCUAUUCAUGGAUAUACAGGAGGAAGGGUUGGGGAAGACAGAGGAAAUGCACACUAGUGUCGAAACUGCCUGUGGUAAUUUUCACAUUGAUGAGUCUGAGGUUAGAAAGAUUAGACCGGCAUUGGGGAUAUUUGACCAGGGUGAUGGAUUAGGAAUUGCCACGUUGAUUGGGGCCAAAAGCGGGGUAUUCGCUUUUCACUACCAUGGUCCAUGUGAUUUAAAAAAUGGCAUAAAGAGUUACAUGAGAUUCCUCUUCAACCGCCACUAUCCUGGAGCUGUAGUGCUGCUUCUUACAGACGAAAUAACAAAUUUACACAGCGAGCGCAAUGAUUCUAGCGGAGUAGAUCCCCGUUUAUUUGAACGCCAAUUGCGGUUGGUUAAGAGUGGAAAGGAUUACAUAUAUGCCCAUGAAAAAGAUAGUUUUGACAAGCCAGAAUUUCCUAAUGUUGAUGGGUUCCUGGAACCAAGGCAAUCAUUGCCUUGA